GGGUCGGGGUUUUGUUUGAAUUGUGUGAGGGAGGAAAGAGGCGUCAGGCCGAACGGAGUUAGCGGUUAGCUAUGUAGCGCGAUGGCAGGCGCAUCUAACCUGUCGGGGUUAGCUUUGGAGACCUCCGGAGAAUUACAGUCUCCUGGCUCUGCUUCAAGCAACCGGAGUUUACGGGUGGCGGAGAAUGUGAGGAAGAAAGGGGAGAGAAAUCCCUUUCAGUUUGCGCUGAACUACCUUUCCCAAGUGCAGGAAGGCACCGUUGUAAGAGGAAAUGAUGCACUGGAGAGGAACUUGGUUCUGGUGGAGACAAUUGCCCUUAGUCAGGGUCUCCCUCCAGAGGCUGUCUCCUUGCUUCUAGACCUGGCAUUAAGUCUCCGUGCAGGUAGUGUGACCUGUUCUCGCAUUCUGAAGUUUCUGAUACCUGCUUCAGUAGUACCUCAAGAAGCCAUUGUACGAGGAAUGUCAUGGCUGUGUGUAGGAAAAAUGCCACUGAACGCUCAGGUUCUUUUUCUUCGAUGGGUUCUCACUGUUUUUGACCUUAUUGACUGCAAAGACCACCUGAGAGCUGUCUAUGGCUUUAUUUUCAGCUUUUUGACUGAAGAGAAUCUGUGUCCUUUCAUCUGCCACUUGUUGUACCUCUUAACAAUGAGGGAGCAUGUCCAGCCUUUCAGAGUGAGAAAACUGCUGGAGAUUCAGACUCGAAUGGGCAAGCAGUCCUUUCUUAUGCAGCUGCUGGCCCUCUACAAAGUUUUUCGUCCUGAGCUGGUGACGCUUUCUGUGCCGUCGAGAUUGAGGACUGGCUUUAAGAAUCACAAUUCCACCUGGAAAGCGGCUCUGAGUGCUGUACAGCGGAAGAACAGGACUCAAAUGAUGGCCGAUCAUAGCCUCUCUCUGGGGGUGAAAGGGAAGCCUGUCUCAAGAAAAAGGAAACUGGAUCACCUGGAGGUGCCUCCCUUGAGCUCAUCGUUUUACACCAACUCUAAGAAAACAGUUUUCCAACUGCAGGAACUGCGUUCCUUUACCGAGUUGCUCCAAAACAUCCACAAUAUAGAGCUGCCAGCCCAAAUGGGGUCUCUCCUCGGAUGCUCUCUGGCACUCCAUUAUCUGGACUGUGUACAGGAUGAGUCUGCUUUCCUGCGCCUCAACUUCUGGCUCGGCUACUCACUGCAGGAGGAGUUCCUGCUUUGCCCUGUGGACGGGGACUCGGACAGUCAGACUGAGGCCUCGCGCUUUCUCGCUACCAUCCUCUCCUCACAGCAGUUCCUCCAGGAGAGUUUCCUCAGCACAGAGAGCUUCCUCUACAAGUUUCUGAGCGUGUGGGAUGGCUCACUGCUGCGCUCCCAGGUCCUGGACCUGCUCAGCCACGUUCCCCUGAUGCCCAGUCACCAUAUCAGAAUGCUUCUUUUUGAGCCACUGAUGCAACUCUACUUCACCUCUUCUGUGUUCUUUAAGUGUAGCGUCCUCGAGUGUCUGAACAGCAUGCUGUUGAAGUGGUUGACCUGGCACUCCAUCAACGCUCUGGAGAACGGUCUGGACAUCAGCCUCAACAGCAACGGCACAGUCACCAUGACCCUGUCUGGGUUUAUGGAUACAGUCAUAGAGCUGGUGCGGUUUGUGGGACGGCUGGCUGCUGAGGGCCUGCGCCUGGAGAAUUGUCAUGUGCUGCUCCUCAGCCACACACUUGCUUUCUAUGAGACGGUGUGUGAUAUGUUUGUGAAGUAUGGCUUGCCUCUGGUCAUUAUGCCCCCAGCUGAUGUUUUUUACCCAGCUCUCCUUGCCACUGAUUCUGUCAGUGUGGAUCGUCUGGGUUACAUCAUGUACAGAUACCGGAAGAAUCUGACCCUGGCCAAAAAACAGGGCCAGCAGAGAGAGCAAACAUUUCACAUAAGCAGAGUCACGUACCAGGAGUUUAACAAGCACCUGGUGGCCAUGGUGAGCUGUCUGUGGAAUUCCAAGUCAUUCUUAUCUGGCACGGGAAUUGAGGUGGAUGAGCGUCAGCUGAUCCAGAGCAAAGUGCCCGACCACUGGAGCUCCUUUGACCUUGUUCACCAUCCAGCCUUCUUCAAGUAUGCCUUGGAGUUUCACCAGAAGUGCUGGCCAGAGAGGAAGCGUGUGGACCUGGCUUCUAUAAAGGUUGGAAAAUACUGGAACUGGUAUGUGGAGUUCCUCUUCAGCCAGGGCUUUGAUGGUCUCAAUGACUUCAUCAAGGUUAACACUGGCCAAAGCUAUUCUUCCAGCUCUAGUAGCCAAGGGGACAGUCAGCCCACAGGCCAGCACUGAUGAUGGUUUAAACGGCUUUGUAUUACUUGGAAGAUUGCACUGAGACAUUAAGGGGACUCUGUUUCAGUGGUCAUGUACAUAUUUUGUGGUCUUUUCUAAAAGGACUUGUAGAGGAAGCCAUAUUGAAAUUGUAUAUUAUUUUGUCUGUAUCCAUGUAGAGGAGUGUGUAUAUGUUUACUCUAGUCUGUUAAACUUAGUUAAGUGCUUACUUAUUUUAAUUUUUUCUGUGAAACAUUUGUUUUGCAUCCUGGUUUUUUUUUUUUUUAACGUUUUAGUUGCUUCUUUCAGAACCUGAAGUGUCUUGCAUUUAAAGACAUACAAAGCUCAAGAUUUAUGAAGCUUGUAGCAGUGUAUUUUUUAAAAACGUGAUUUAACAAAGUAAUUAUGGUAAAAAUCUUAAUUGAGGUCUUGUUUAAUUUAUUUCUUAUUUUCAGUAAAUCACCAGUACAAGUGCAAAAUGUUAUUAUAGUACUUUUGUUUUAAAGGUCAUAAAACAAAUCUGUUUUUGUCUGUCCCAAUAAAGUUUCCAAUAGAGUAUUACACCACUUUGCGCAAUGAGAGGAGUUACACAGGUUCCCCCUGAAAGCGUCAAGUCUUUAUUUCUUACCAUUUUGAACGGGAUGUCAGUGUUUUUACAUUUCAAGUUCAAUGAGGCAUUUGCAUAGCUUUGUAAUUUAUACACAUUCUGCAAAUAGUGACCCUGUUGUAACGUCACAACUGUGACAUCUGUAAAUCUUUUCUUGGCUUUAUUAAAAUAUUUCCAACCUGUA